UGUUGUGGCUUCUUGUAGUUUGGUUGUCGAGCUUCAGCUCAUCAGUGUCAGUGCGGCUUUUAACCCGUCCAGCAGCGAAUAAAUGAUGCCUUAAAGAUAAGAAGCUAUUUGUGGAAUCUGUUUACUAUUUUGACCGCAUGGGUCUCGGAGAAUUCGCUGUUCAGUGUGUUUUAACUGUCAGUAGUGAACUCGUCUGGCUGAUUAGCUAAAGCGGCGUCAACAUUCCUACUGCAGGAAGGAAGCGACGGGGAAGGAGCUCAACAAAGCCGGACACCGGGGGGUUUACUAAACAACUGCGUGGGGGUCGUAUUAUAUGAUACUUAAAUAUGUCGGUUGUUUAUUCUGUGUAAGUAAAUUGUAAAUGUUUACUGUUUAUAUCAGUGUUAUGGUUAGUUGUUUAGCUGGUAGGCCGAGCUGAAGAAUUCUUUCCACACUGACUCUGAUUAGCUCGGCUAGGCUAGGCUAGGCUAAGCUAGCUGGUCACACUGGAUUGUUUUGGCCGGGGUGCUGGUGGAGCUUCCUGCACUUCUGCACCUCUUAUUCACCGGCUGUUUAUUUUUUAACUCGACCGUCCAGCUCGCUCAUGGCUACAGAUGCGACCGAGAGUGAAGGGAGCUUAAAACAGACUGACACAAAUAACAGGGUCGUGAAUAAAAGCAGUAGUGAAUCAGACACACCCGGAAUCAGUGCAACGCUGGAAAACAAGUCAAGUCGCGUCGCUGAACAAGGAAGUGAUGAAAACGCAGUGAGUGCGGCUUGCACACCGACAGAGGCCAUGACUUCUGUGGGUAAUGGUGAUCAACCUGUCUUAUCCAGUCCGAGAAAAACAGGAGUGCAAGAAGAAAGUUCACAGAAAGAGCAAAGUCAGGAGUCGACACGGACCCACACUGCACUGGAGCAUAACGGCAGUUUUGAGCAACAGGAAUCAGUCAGCACUACAGAGGCUCGCUUGCGAAUGGAAGGAAUGGAGUUCAAAGAGGAGUGGCAAGAUGAGGACUUUCCCAGACCACUACCUGAAGAAGGGGAGCUUCACCUUGAUGAACAUCUCUUUACCCACUCACCUGGAGAGGAUGAUUCUGCUCAGCAGUAUGAAUCGAACAAUGGCAAGAACACAAAGAAGAGACUGUUGGCCCCAGAAAUCAGUCUGAACCUUGAUCGCAGUGAGGGCUCUGUGCUUUCUGAUGAGCUGGAUGAAAGCACAGAGUUCGACCUGGAUGGCAUGGACACCCCGUCGGACAACAGUAACGAAUUUGAAUGGGAAGAUGAUCUCCCAAAACCCAAGAGCACGGACAUGCUGCAAAAAGGUGUAGAAUCAGUGAAUGAAUAUUCAGCCUAUGAUGAGCGCGAUGAUGGCCGACACUGGAGGAUCUUCCGUAUUGGGGAGCAGGACCACCGGGUCGAUAUGAGGGCCAUUGAGCCCUACAAAAGGGUCAUCAGCCAUGGAGGUUACUAUGGAGAUGGGCUGAAUGCCAUUAUCGUCUUUGCGGUUUGCUUCAUGCCUGAGAGCAGUCAACCAAACUAUAGAUACAUCAUGGACAAUCUUUUCAAGUAUGUAAUAGGAACUCUGGAGCUGCUGGUUGCUGAGAACUACAUGAUCGUGUACCUGAAUGGUGCCACCUCACGCCGUAAGAUGCCCAGUGUGGGCUGGCUGAGGAAAUGCUAUCAACAGAUAGACCGGAGAUUAAGGAAGAAUCUUAAGUCUUUGAUUAUUGUCCAUCCUUCUUGGUUCAUUCGCACGCUCCUGACCAUCACAAAACCUUUUAUAAGCUCCAAAUUUAGCCAAAAAAUAAAGUAUGUGUAUAGUCUGGCAGACCUCGCUGAGCUUGUGCCAAUGGAAUAUGUGUCAAUACCAGAAUGCAUCAAGCAGUUUGAUGAAGAAAAAAAUAGGAAAACGCGUAAAAGGGUUGACCAAGAAAUGCAUAACAAACGGGAGAUGGGAGGCACAGAGUGACAUUUGAAGAGGAAAUGAGCAGUUGAGGAAAAUGAGGUUGAGGGGUUUUUUUUGUUUGGUUUUUUGGGUCUCUCUCUCUCAGCUGGAAAAAAAAAAAAAAAAGCUUGUUCCUUCCAAGACUCUGUUGUCUGUUACACGGAGGGACAUUUUAUUGUAUUAGUGUGCCAAACACGAGUUGAAAUCUCAAUGCUGUGCUUUAAGUAUUUUUAUAAUCGUACAGAUAUAAAUUUGGAGUCAGUUGUCAUUCUUGUCAAUUCCUGUUGCUUCUCCCUGAUGUUCAAGACAUCUGGUUUUCAAGCUAGGUGAUGCAUGUUCUAUAUUACAUUUAAAAUAUUUAUAUUCAAAUGGUGAUCAAGGAGAAAAGAUUAAUAUAUAUAUAUUUUUUUGCUUUGGACAGUCCUUUAUGGUGUUACGUUGACUUGCUGAAAUCUUCCAUUAAACCGUUUUUGUUUAUUGGUGGAAACCAUAUAGAAGUUGUAUGAGGAAAGUGCUGUUCUCUCCCUGUUUGCCUCUUAGGAAUGAUCCCGAAGAAACGGAUCACUUCAUAAGUUUACUAUUAUGGUCACAGAUUGUGUUGUUCUCUGUAGCAUACGUUUGGGAUGGGUGUUUCUUGUCUUAUGUUUUUGCAACUAAAACUUCCACUAUACAAAAAAUGUCUUCCUUUUUGACAGUAUGACUAAAUACCAGUAGUUACUUUAGUACAGUGUAUAUAAUGCAGGUCUUGGAGUUUAUUCCAUUUUAAAUAUUUUUACCAUUUUAAUAUGUUAAGACUCAUGACCAGAUUUCACCAAGUCGUGAUUCAUUCAGCUUAUUUAAAACAAUGUACACAUGAUGUCACAGUUUUGGCAGUUUUCUCUAAUGUUAACUGUAACUGUUUUUGAAAUUCUCCUGUUUUGUUUUUAAAGAGCCAGUAAACAAGAUAAUUAAAUAAAGGGGUUUUUUUUUUUUGCUUUUUUUUUGGUGAACUGAUGAUCAAUUUAUUAUUUACAAGCAGUUUGCAGAGAAAACUUACAAUGACGUCAUCUUAAACCUGGCUGAUGUUUUAACAAUUUUGGCAUUAAAUAUUUAAAGUAAUCGCCCCUUCAAUUUUAGGUCAGUUCAUGUGUUUAGAAUUGCCCCAGCUGUUUUCUUAAGUUCAUGAAUUUUGUAAUGAAAAUGGCAAUAUUAAGUCAUUCUCUCACUGCAUGCAAGUAUGAAUCCCCCCCGUGAUCUUUGGUCUGCCUGCUUCUGUCGCAUGACCUCGAAUAUUACAAUUUUUUGACUAGAUUUUUGUCUUUGUACAAGUUCCUUCUCUGUGCCUAACACUAACUGUAGCUAAUUAUCAUUUGUCAUCAGUCAAAGCCUUGUCUUAAUUUCUUCAUGAUUUUAUUGAAAUGUUCUUUACAAUGUUGCUGCUUCAUUGCACUACUGAAGCAGCAGGUGAUAAAUGCACAUUGGAUUGUUCUCUGUUAAACAGAUCAGGCCAAUGAAUGUACCACCUGUUUGCUGAUUAUCCUGAUAUUCUGUUGUGUGUUUUGAAAACGCAAUAAUACCAAUAAACAUUUACAUUAUGCUCA